AUGGAGAGACUGGAAAAUAAAACAUCGAUGAAUGAUAUAGCGUCUUUUACAUUAAAAAAUGUAGUCUUGCUAUUUAUUGGUAUACUCUUUUUUAUAUUUAUUUAUAAGUUUUUCAAAGAUAAAAAUAAAAUUAAUGAAGCUAAGCAUAACAGUGAAAUAGAUAAAAAAAUGAAAAUGGCAAGGGAAAAAAAAUUGCAAGAUUUAGAAAAAGAAAUGAUAGCUUACAAGGAAAAAAUGAAAGAACAAAUUAAAAAAAAAGAAGAAGAAAAAGAAGAUAGAGUAUUAGGUACCUCAAAACAAAGAUUAGGUUCUAAAGAUAAUUCAUUUAAUCAUUUUAAAGAUUACUCAGGUUAUUACAGGCCAUCUAUAAGAAAUAGAUACAAAAAUUCUUCUUGACGAUAG